AUGUCCCCCAAUUACCAUCUUAUUGGAAGAGGUGUUUCUUCCAGUAUAAUGAUCGAACUACAAAAUAUCCAUCUUGCAAAAUACAUAUCGGGGUUUUGCGGAUCCGAGGUCAGAAUGCCUACAAAAAUCGCCAUUAUAUCAGUGUGUUUAGUGAUAGCCGUGGUACUGGAUGACGUUGCUUGUCGAUAUCUCGAAUGUCCAGACGGAUGUUUUACUACCACGGACAGUCCCUGUGUGUGUCCUUUUAGCAGUCUGGACAAGCGAGGCGUACGAUUACCCUUUAGAUAUGGAAAAAGAAACAGUUUUUUAAGAUAUGGAAAACGAAAUAAUUUUUUUAGAUACGGUAAACGUGGCAGUAUUUUUAGAUAUGGAAAAAGGGACGAGGAUUCUUUAAGUGACAGUUCAGUCGAAAGUAAUAACCCCUACAAUAUCUUACAGUCGGAUUAUUCUACACAAUAAAUGAUGACGUCAUCUCUAUCGAGAGGGCAGCAUCAGCAGUGACCAAGCAUAAUAUCAUUUUAUUCAAUCAUACGAGGGAUGGGGUCGGACACAAGGUUCAUAAUGUCUCAAUACCGCUCAGUGAUUCUCUUGGACUUACCAACUUAUUAACUAUUUCUGUACACAGCUUACUGGCUACUUUUUUUUUUUCAUUUGGAGCCAUUCGUAUAGGCCAAGGAUAUUGAAUAAGCCCGUGUCGCCUACAGUCUAUUGAAGCUCCUUGGUCUAGGCUAUUAUUACUAAGGACAAAUUUCAAGAUGGGGUUUGAAUGGUGACGUCUUCGAUUAAACAUCGAGUUACCACCCCUUCCAUGAUAAAAGUCUCGCUAACUGUUUCGUAAAUCAUUCGUACUUAGCUGUCUGCAAACAGGGCAAAUCCAAUAUAAAGCAGACCAGCUUUGAGACGACGAUUUAUUUUCCUCUACGACCAAUGAAGGUGUGUGUGUGUGUGACUAUAAGAAUUCAAUGAUACUAUAAACAAGUGAAUAACUCGUAGUGAUUCGGAACUCUGCAACCUAUCACUGGUGCGAAACAUCAAAUCAUAAGACAUUACUUCAAAAUCCUUUAUAGUUCUGUCUUUGAGGCAUUAAAGAUACUUAGAGCAGGAAAAUAAUUUGAGAUGUUCCAAAAGAUUCAACCAUUGGUCAAGUGUUUGUCGUAUUUUGUAUGAAAACGUCUUCACGGUGUCUAGCUAUCGCGAACUCUGUCUUAUACCUUGACUGCAAUAAACA